AUGCCUUUUGGUAAAUCCUUGGGCUUGGGAUUCGUCUUCCUGGCCACUUCAAUCGUUUCAACAAAAGCGACAACUUACACGCUUUCGCAAAACCUCACCGGAGAACAGUUCUUCAACGGGUUCAAAUUUAAUGAAAGUGCCAUUGAUUUUAACAAUUUCGGGAACGUGCACUUCCUUUCUCAGUCCGCCGCUCAAGCAGCGAAUCUGAGUUAUGUCGAUUCGAGUGGAAGGGUAAUCAUCAAAGUCGACAACACGACGAAUGGCGCAGGAGACUCUUCUUUUGGACGUAACUCGGUCUACUUGGAAUCGAACGAACUCAUGGACAUUGGCAGUCUGCUGAUUUUUGAUGCAAACCAUAUACCUUUCGGGUGCUCCGUCUGGCCCUCUUUGUUCACGCAAGGUCAAGUAUGGCCACAACAAGGCGAAAUAGACGUCAUCGAGCAGGUCAACCUCGCGACAGAUAAUCGUUAUUCCCUCCACGUCGGUGUAGACAACUGCAAUCAACCCACCUCUGUAGCCUCCAAUCAAACCGGCACCAUCUCUACCGCUGUUGGUGAUAUCUCCAACUGCACUGUUACGCCCACUACUGGACAGAACACUGUCGGCUGUGUAACGACUGAAACGAAGAGCAACAGCUUUGGGUCUGGGUUUGCGUCGCAAGGUGGAGGGGUCUAUGCUAUGUUGUGGGACACGAAUGGAAUUGCAUUGUGGUACUUUGCUCGAGGCUCUGUGCCUAGUGACAUUGGUGUCUCUAGUUCGCCGGAUCCAACGACAUGGGGUGAAGCCAGCGCCUGGUAUCCUGCAAGCGGUUGCAAUCCUUCCACAGCUUUCGGUCCUCAGAUCAUCACUCUUUACAUCGACAUCUGCGGUGCCUUUGCCGGUGAAGACUCUGUAUUCGCACAGACUUGUAGUUCCGUAGCGCCUAAUUGUACGUCCAUGGUUCCCGAUCCUACCAACUACGACAACGCAUACUGGGAAAUCAACUAUCUCCAAGUGUUCACAAACGGGCAAUCAAACUCUUCCUCCACAUCAUCUACCUCUGCCUCUGGUACGAACUCCGGUGCGGGCGCAUCUUCUACGGGAACGGGAACAGGAUCAUCCAGCUCAGGAUCAAGCAAUUCAGCCAUCGCUUUCGCUGUCAAAGGGAUCUGGGAAUAUCUCCUUGUUCCUGCAUCAGUGUCUUUCCUGGGAAUGCUCUCUAUGAUAUGA